AUGUCGACGGAUAUCAAAGACUCGCCAUCAGGUGCUCAAAUACAGACACCAACAGAACCCUCCACAGGUGCACCCGAACUCGCCGCCGCUGUCGAUGAACUCCUCGACCAGCUGCAGCACAAAUUCGAUGGUGUAUCUACAGAGAUCUUUGGCAAGCUCGAUGAUAUGACUCGACGGCUGGAUGAGCUCGAGGCUUCGUUGGGCGAAGUCCAGGAGAAUGCGGGAGCGUCGAAACCGUGA